GGCAAACGAGAUUUGAAAUGAACCUAUAGUAUUCAUCAUUGGUGACACUUAUGUUUAUAUAGAGAAAUUAUGGCGAAUUGUUUUUAUUUGUGUAUAAUAUUAUUUGUAACCGUUAGAGCAGUACGAAUAUAUUCAGAAAACGAUGAAAUCUUAUCCGAUAAGGAGAUUACUCUUAACACAAACGAGACAUUCUCAAUGAUCUGUAAGGGCAUCGAUCAUGUGAGAUGGAUUGGACCUAACGAUUCGGAAAAUGAAACUAAAUUUAUAUCCAAAAAUACGGAAGAGACAAGCAAAAUUGAGUUGAGAAAGAUUUCACACCAACAUGUAGGAAAUUAUACUUGUAAGGAUUAUAAUGAUUCAACAUCAGUUUAUUUGUACGUUAAAGAUGAGGAAAAUUUGGCUGUAAAUUUAAAAAAAUGGGAUAUUGUAGAAAGCCCUCAAAUAAUAAUUCCCUGUCGACCAGCAUUUCCUGAGGUAAAUGUCACUUUGUUUGAAUUAUAUGAUGAUCGGAUAAAUGCAUUUUUUGACCCUAAAGUUGGAUUCAUAUUUAACGAUUUUAAGUUUGUUAUUACAAAAACAGACUAUUGUUGUAAGUAUACUUAUCAAGACAAAAUAAUAUUUCAAUAUGUAUCUAUAAAGAAAGAUGAACCUGUGACUUCUGACUUAGUUGAAAUGAGGGAGGAAAAUGAAGCUCAUAACGAAAUAGGUCAACCUUUGAUUUUGCACUGUACACUUUCAGACAAUUCAAUUUAUGUUUAUAAUCGUACUUGGAUGCCGGCGGGUGGCUUUGACAAAAGAAGAAUGAAAAUUACUGAAACCGAAGAUUCAAUUCAAUUGACCGUUAAUCCAACUAUUGUAUCCGAUAAUGGCACUUAUACAUGUGUAAUUUUUGACCGCCAUGGACCACAUUACUUUACUAAAGAGGUAAAGUUGUACGAACAAAACGAAAGUUUUUUAUGGAUUAAUGACAAUAUGCUUAGUAAUAUAAGCGUUUCCGUAUCACCUGAUGGAAUACCACUUGUUUGGAAUAUCGAAAUUCGCGGACACCCACAUCCUACUGUUACAUGGUACAGAAAUGAAAAAGUCAUUAAGAACUCAGAAAAAUAUGAAACUAUGCCCCAAGGGAAACGACAUUUUUUAAUAAGAAUUUUUAAUGCGAUUAUGGAUGAUUAUGGAAUAUAUAAACUGGAAGCCACAAAUGGGAAGCAAACUGAAGUCAGGGAAUUAUUCCUAAAUAUCACAGGAAAACCAACGGUGUCCCUACAAUUGGAACCAAUUUAUUUGGCUAAUUCAAUGUGCAAAUUUACAUGCCGUGUAACAUCAAACCCUUCCCCUGAAAUUACAUGGCAAGUUAAAAAGUGCCACAAAUGUGAAUAUCAGAAGAUUAACGAAACGAUGGCUUCACAAAUAGAAGAUAUAAAAUACACUUCAACCCUAAUAUAUAAAUUUCAAGAAAAUGGAUUUGUUAAAUGUAUUGCCAAUAACUUUAUUGAUGGAUCAGUCGUUGAAAAACGUGUUUUUGUCUCAGAUAUUUCAAACGGAUUCAACAUUUUCAAUUUUAACGAUCUUAUGAAUGUGAACUUAAACUUAAGUUCUGCUGAAGUAGCUAUUGGAGAAACAAUGUCCAUGACUUGUGGUACUUCAUUUGAAAGGGAAUCAAAUUUAGAUUGGUAUAUUAAUGGCAAACUUAUUGAAGGCAGUGAUGGCACACUUAUUGAACGAAGCUCUACCAGAUAUAGCAAUAGAACUAGUUUGGUUAUCAAAAAUAUUAAGUACAACAUGUCUGGUGAAUACAAAUGUCAGACGAAAUCUGGAAAAUAUUCGAAGAUUAUUAAAUUGAAAGUAUCCAAACCUACACCACCUCGAAUUGAAACUUAUGUUGAGACUGUUGAAAUUUCCGAACCUCUUCCUACUCAAAUUUUCUGUAACGUAACUGGUAUUCCUAAACCAAUCAUUAAGUGGUUAAAGAAUUCAGAAACAUUUAAUCAACCCAAUAUUGAGACAUCAGGAGAUAAACGAUUUUUGAAAUUUUCCAAAACGAAUUUAUACGACGAGGGUACAUAUACAUGUAUAGCUCAAAAUUCUCAAGGAACUCAUCAAAAAAAUAUUAAAUUAAUUAUAUCAAACAAACCACCCAGCUCGAUUUACCUCCAUAUCACAAUCGCUUUAAUUCUAAUAGCAGCACUGAUUCUCUCUAUAUUUUUAAUCAUUCAUAUAAAAAGAGAAAGAUUACUACAAAGGGAGUUAAAAGCAGCAGGCUUGGCGAACUUCAAAACUGGACAAACAGAGAACAUAAAUCCCGAUCUGGGACUCGACGAUCAAGCUGAGUUACUACCAUAUAAUGAAAAGUGGGAAUUUCCAAUUGAAAAAUUAAUUAUAGAAAAACAACUGGGGUCUGGAGCUUUUGGGGUUGUUAAAAAAGCAAUUGCCAAAAAUAUAAUUCCUGGAGAAGAUAAAACAAUAGUGGCUGUAAAAAUGGUAAAAAAAACUGCUGAUAAUUUGCACAUUAAAGCUUUGGCCACUGAAUUAAAAAUUAUGGUCCAUUUGGGACAACAUUUAAAUGUGGUUAAUUUAUUAGGAGCUGUCACAACAAACGUGGCAAAAAGGGAGUUGAUGGUAAUUGUUGAAUACUGUAGAUUUGGGAACCUUCAAAAUUUUUUGUUCCGUCACAGGGACUGUUUUAUUAAUCAGCUAAAUCCAAUUAAUGGCUACGUAGAUUACACAAUAGGGAUAGAUAUUUUAGAAGGGGCAAAAUCUAGUAACAACAGAAUUCCGAACCGUUCUUGGUCGCCUAAAAGUAUCACUAGCACGUUCGACUUCAAAGGGUCAUCUUCUGGUAAUAAUCAAGCCGACACAACUGAAAUGACCAAUAUUUCUAUAAAUUCGUCCGGUUACGUGUCUAACAGUACUAGACGCCCCAGCCUUAGUCCACUGUGGAGAUCAAACAUAACUGGCGAUUACAAAUUUGCAGGAAAACCAAUUUGUACAAGAGAUUUGAUAUCUUGGUCUUUCCAAAUUGCUAGGGGAAUGGCAUAUCUGGCGUCAAGAAAAGUGUUGCACGGUGAUCUUGCAGCCAGAAAUGUUCUUUUGGCUGAUAACAAUAUUGUAAAAAUAUGCGACUUUGGGUUAGCGAAAACCAUGUACAAAGACGACAAUUACAUGAAGAAAGGUGAUGGACCUCUUCCAAUAAAAUGGAUGGCCAUAGAAUCAAUAAGAGAUAAGAUAUUUUCUACCCAAUCAGAUGUUUGGUCUUUUGGAAUAACUUGCUGGGAAAUAUUCUCUUUAGGAAGGAAUCCUUAUCCUGGAUUUAAUAUCAAUAAUGAGUUCGUCAUAAAACUUUUAAAGGGAUAUAGGAUGGAACGUCCAGAAUUCUCGCCAAGUGAAAUGUACAAGAUUAUGUACGAUUGUUGGACAGCAAAGCCUACUGAUAGGCCAACUUUUACACAAUUGGAAGAAAAAAUUGGUAAAUUACUAGAGGAUUCCACAAAGGAAUAUUAUAUCGCCUUAAACGAUCCUUACAUGCAAAUGAACACCAAGAAACAACUCGAAGAAACUGACUAUUUAAGAAUGAUGUGCUCGCCUGACUUCAAAAACCUAUCGUCACCUUCGUAUCUAAUCAAUUCAGAUAGCCAAGAUGAAGGGUACUUAACUUCAAGCGAGAUUUUUAGCCCAAGAAUAGAAAAUGAGAAUGUGUUUAGCUUUGAUGUAAGCAACUACAAGAAACCUUCGCAAUAUGCUGGUUGUGAAAUGCAGAUGGAAACGCUCGUAGAGUCUGACAAUGAAACUAAUUUGCACAUACCAGAUACUUUCGAUAACCCAAGUUAUCAUGUAAUGCCAAAAAAUGACAACAAUUACAUGCAUAUGAAAGGAGAUAAUGAAGUAAACAGAACCUGCAAUGAUGAUGUGAUACGAGAAGCACCAUAUGUCAAUAGUUCGGUGCUUGUAAAUUAAAAUUAAUAAUAUAAUAACAUAGUGAAUUCGGACGUAUUAUUAAUGAAUUAUAGAAUUAUUAAUGUGUAAUAUACAAAUAUGUAAAUUUUAUUACAUAUAUUUUGCCAAAGAUUCUUCUUGUACUUAAUAAUUUAGGUUAGCUUUUAA